CAGGAUGAAUAAAAGAUCAAAAUUGCUAGAAGCACUGGCAGAAGUGAAUGAUAAAAAGCAUCUAAAAUAUAAAAAAGUUGGUCAUACUAUAAGAGAAAAUGAAGUAAGGAAGAAAAAGGGAAAAAAGACUAGGAACAAAGUUGUCAAAGCCAAUCGAUGAUCAAGAUUACUCUUGUAUCUGCUUGAGAAACUGCACCAAAAUUGAGGACAACGCUACCAGAAAAUGAUUCUUUGAUCAAUUUUGGAACAUGGGCACUUUUGAGGGUAGAUGUGCUCUGAGAGUCAAAUCCGUAAAGGAGUAUGACAAAAAGACAUACAAAAAACAAGAAAUCGAAGAGAACCAAGUCCAGAGAGUAUUACAGUGAUGAUCUUCAAGUGCGCAUAGAAAUGUUUUUAAAUAGCCUCCAAAUCAAUGGCAACCAUGUUUGGGUAGCACUGUAUCAGUUAAGAAGUAAUAAUAUUAUAUGCGAUAAGAGGGGAUUGAAUAGUGGUGGAAGAAACGCAAUUGAUGAUAAGCGGAUUCAAGAAAUUAACCAGCAUAUAUCCUCAUUUCCUAGAUAUAUAAUUUAUAUAAGGAGCUGUCUGACCAGCCAGUGAGCC